UAUAUUUAUAUAAUUUAAUAAAGAAAACAUUGUAGAAUAUCUUUUUAUCUAUAACAGUUCGUUGACCAAUUAUUUUUAAAAUAGAUUAAGAUGAAAUUUUAAAACCUGACACGCCAAGGUGCAAGAAUUUUCAGAAAUGGCAAUAAGGCGCUUGGAUCCUCAAGCAUCAUUUAAAGGUUUUAUGGUCCAAGCUCUUGAUAAAGAAACUGGUAAAUAUAUUGGUAAAUUUAUCGAAGCACCGGGUUUAGCCGUUAUGAAAGAAUGUUCGGCUGUAAGCCAUAGCAAUCCUAAACCCAAAAUCGCAGUUCAUUUGGCAUGGGUGGCACCCAACGAUCAUUCCGGACAAGUGGUUUUUAGAGCGACGAUAGUAGAAACUAAGAAAGUAUUUUACGAAGGUUUACAAUCGCAACUGGAUCGAAACUGAUGGACUAGAAUUAUAUUCCGCGA